AUGGCCGCAGGCGGCCGAAACGAAUGUGGCGACCGUGCCGGGCUCGGCCGGGCCGGGCCCGGCCGGGAAGCGGCGGGCGCGGACAGCGGCGUGGAUUAUGCAGCGGGGGCGGCCGCGCCCCGCGAAGAACCGGGCCUAAGUCCGCAGAGCGAGCGAGAGGGAGGAGCCGGCGCGGCGUCCCCUGACAGCGGCGUGACAGCGGCGCAAGACCCGGAGCCCGCGGGCCGCGCCGCGCCGCGCAGCGCAGAGCCGGCCGGAGCGCGUUUUUACUUUUUGAUGCGCGCUGCGGCGGCCGCUCCGCCCUCCGCCGCCACACACGCCUGCCUCGCCGCGCCGGCGACGCCAAUCUCUCGUGACAGCUCCGAGGUAUAA